CUUGCACUAUGAACAAAAAGAAAGUUAAAUUGCCAUCCUAUAUUUGGCUUCCCCUAUCACUAUUUCUACCUGGUGCAACACAUUCAAAAGAGGGAAAAAAGGAACUGACAGUUCAAGAAUUCAAUUCAAAACCUUACCAGAGUCUUUGACAUCUGUGAGAAGACUGGAAACAGAAGUCAAGACAUUCUCACAGUAAAUUCCUUGAGGUUUGUUAACAGCAAUUAGCCACUGAUCCUCAUAAAGCACAUGAGUCCUAGAAAGUGUAAAAAGGGCCGAUCUUGAUGAAGCAGUUAAGGCUCUGUUGAGCUCUAUGUUCUUGGAUAUGGCGGGCAAUGGUGGGGAGAGGGGCACGGGAUAAUUUGUGACGCCAACAGGGUCGUUGUUCAAUAGGGUCGCCAUUGACGGAGAAAGGCGGGGAGGAAGACGGCGGACUUGGCCGAAAGAUUGGAAUAUUUGAGGUGUGGGGUGGCGGAUUAGGGGCAUUAUCGCCAUUUAAUCAAUCCCUCUGUUUUUUGGUCCCAGCUAAAACCCCUAUGCCUAAACCUCAAGGGUAGCCAAUUUUUGGUUUUUGCCCUCCCAAACAACCGGAUUUCAUAGCAUCUUCCAAAGAUGCUUUCUUUUCUAUUGAGAAGAUCAUCAUCAUUUGAACAAAAGCCUCAAUUCUGCUUUUCUUUGCUUGCUUCUUUGGCACAAGUUCAAUCCCAAUCUCAAUCUCAUCAUUUCUCCUCUUCAAUCCAAAACCGAUCGUGUUUCACUCCAGGGUAUUCGUGUUUGGGCAAAAGAAGUGAUGGGUUUUGUUUGUCUUUGAUUCCAAGCUCGAAAAUUUCACCUGGAGUUUCCUGUAGUGAUGUUGAUUCUGUAAAAUGCGUGCGUUUUUGUAGCUCUCAGUCUCAAGCUGACGUUGACAUUGUUGAGCCCUCAACUUCAGAUGGGCUCACUGUGGAAGGAAUCAUUGCGCAGAAUUGGACCGUUCUUGGUGAAGAUGAGAGUGAUUGGAGAAGCCAUGCUUCUGCUAUUGCACAGUCCAUUCAUCUUACUAAGAGACGGCUGAAGUGGAAGCAGUUAUUGUUCAAGGUGAAGUCAUUAUCAGAAGAACUGGAUAAACAGGACCUUUGGGAUGAUCCUGUUCGUGCUGGCAAGAUAAGCCGUGAACAUGGUUUUCUUACAGGGAAGAUGAAUGAAGUCAAGGCAUUCGAGCAAGAGUUAUUUGAACAUAUUGACAUGAUAAAAUUAUCUCGUGAGGAAAACGAUGCAGAAAUGGAAUCGGAAGCUCUGAAGGCUUUACUUGAGAUGAGAAGAAAUAUGAAAGAGAAAGAGCUAGAAGCUUUAUUAUCUGGGGAACAUGACUCUUGCUCUUGCUUCAUAGAGGUACAAGCUGGAGCUGGUGGUACUGAAAGCAUGGAUUGGGCUUCAAUGGUCGUGCAGAUGUAUAAAAAGUGGGCUCAACGGAAGGGUUACGAGGUUACAAUAGUGGAUGAGAUGCCUGGUGAAGUUGCCGGAAUCAAGCGGGCUACCAUUAGAGUUGAAGGCGAAUAUGCAUUUGGAUAUGCCAAAGCAGAAGAUGGAGCACAUCGUUUGGUUCGUUGCUCACCAUUUGAUAGUGCUAACCGUCGGCAUACUUCAUUUUCCGCUGUUGCCGUGAUCCCGAUUCUUGGAGAAGGAUUUUCCCGUUUCCAAAUUAAAGAGUCUGAUCUACGGAUAGAUCGGUUCCGAGCUGGGGGACCCGGUGGUCAGCACGCCAACACAACUGAGAGCGCUGUCAGGAUAACUCAUAUUCCUACUGGGAUCACUGCAACUUGCCAAAAUGAAAGGUCGCAACAUUCUAACAAGGCUUCUGCCAUGGCUGUACUCCAGUCGCGCUUGGAUAAACUUGAGCUGGCCCGUCAAGCUCAACUUAAUGCACAGCAUACACAGUCUCUGUCUGAAAAUAGCUUCGGUAACCAGAUCCGUUCUUAUAUUCUACAUCCUUAUCGCAUGGUUAAGGACCACCGAACAAAUUAUGAAGUUUCAGAUGCUGAUUCUGUUCUCGAAGGGGAUAUUGAUGACUUCAUCUUGAGCUAUUUGUCAGCAUCCUUGGACAAAGAUGAAGAUGGCCUGUAACAGAAGCUUCAAACAGGGUCCUCGGUGCUUAUAUUGAAGAUGGCAGAGACACAAAAUUGUUUUGUAUAUGUGGAUGAGUCGAUAUUUCACAGCCAUAAUUGCCGCCUUUGAACCCGUUUCAGACUGAAAGAUGAGCGGCUUUGUUACUAGCUUGAUCAAGUUUUGCUAACCAUUUCUCCGAUGAGGAAUAGAGUAAACAUGUUGCAUGCUAAUCACUGUUCUGAAAGUUUUGGGCUCUUCAGCUGGGAUGCUUAAUGCUUCUGUAGGAGUCCCCUUUAAUACGUGUAUGUGAUUAUUGAGAUAGAGAAAGAGAGUGCUGUAUAACAAUACUAGAAUUAAUCAGUGUUAAUCUUUGGUUGCAAUUUGUUGUUUUCAAAAACAGGAAAAAGCCAAAAAGGUUGCCAUUUAUUUAUGAUGUGCUAGUCCAUAGCAGAUCCAUUGUGCAGUAAUAAAUCAAGUUAAAAAAACUACUAUUCUUG